AUGGCCUUAUCCUCGCGAAGGGUGCAGGACGUAGCGUCCUCAAGUUUGCGGAGAGCACGAGCUUCGGGCACGACUGUUGUUGCUCGAGGUGCCACUCGCAAGCUCGGCCUAAGACAUGCGAGGCAACUACAUCUUUCCGAGGCGAGACCUUUUCCACAAUCCUCGGGGCCCUGGGGGCCUUGGUUGGCACUCAAAGACUUGGCCCUAACGAAGUUUCCGGAGUUGCCCCCUGACCGGCCUGACGAGUAUCGCUUGAGCCUGGGGAAGAUCACGGAUACCCUCAGGCUGGACUACCAGGAGUUCUUCCAGAAACAGCCAGACUGGAGCAUCUAUGACCAGUCAGUGGUGCUGCAACUGCGAAAGCCCUGGGAAGAGCCCAAGCAAUUGGCUGGAUGCAAAGGGACCUAUGUGACGAUUUUGAAGGGGAUCCGGGCCUUUUGCCACCGAAUCCUUCCCGAUGUACCGGAGGUGGAUUGCCAGGUCUGCGACGGCCGUCCCUAUGGCUGCGAUUUGCGAGUGCAUUGGACAUUCAAGGGCGAGGUGAAGUUUCCAGUAGGUGAGCCGCAUGCAGUCAUGAUCUCUGCUAUCUCUCUCUAUACCUUGAAGCGGUGUAGUGUAUGA